GUCCCUAACUUGCGUGGGGCAAUACGAUCUCCAGCUUAAAAGGACUAUCCAGCUGUUGCCUGCAGCAUAUGUGGUCAACAUCUCUAAAAUGAACAAGACACACUUUCGUAACGGCCCUGCGUGUCCUGGUGUUGCUUUUAUUACAGGUGGCGCUCGUGGGCUUGGAAAUGCCAUCGCUGUUUCUUUCGCCAAAGAGGGAGCACGAGGUGUGGCUCUGAUCGACAUCCAGGACGAUGACACGUUUAAGAAAGGAAAGGAAGCGGUGGAAAAGUAUGGAGCGAAGUGCAUAACUAUUCACGCAGACGUUACCAAGGAGGAUCAAGUCGAGCGAGCUAUUGCGGAGACGGUCAAGGAGUUUGGUCGUAUCGAUUAUGCGGCGAAUUUUGCUGGCAUUAUUGGACCUCUUGGACCUUCGUGGGAUAUUUCGUUAGAGGAGUGGAAAAAAGUGAUCGAUGUUAAUCUCGUUGGCGUUUGGAUUUGCACCAAGCACGAACUUAAGCAGAUGCUCAAACAAGAUUCGAUCGAGGUCGAGGAGGGCCGAGUUCCCCAACAGGGAUCAAUCGUGAACUGCGCGUCCGUAAAUUCCAUACAAGCAGGAGCGGGAACCACGGGUUAUUCCGCGGCAAAACAUGGCGUAAUGGGAGUCACUAAAGCCGCAUGCCUCGAAGCACGAGGAUCGAACAUUCGAGUUAACGCAGUGUCGCCCGGGUUUUUACUAACAGAUUUAGUGAAACCGUCCUUUGAUAGUGAACAAACGGGUCAAAAAAUGUGGAAGGUGUACGAAGACCGACAAGGCAGAGCAGCUAGUUUCAGUGAAGUUGGAGAUGUGGUAGCGAUGUUAAGUACUCCGCGCUUUAGCUUAGUGAACGGCCAUAAUCUUGUGAUUGACGGCGGUUUCACGAUCAAUGAAAAUACCGUGUAGAUAAUCCGCCAGCUAGAUAUUCUACUCUCUGUAUAUCCGCCAAGAGAGGACAAUGACAGUUCAACAAGG